AUGGUACUAACGCUUCGUCUUAGAGGUCCAGCUAAGGGCUAUAUUGAAGGCCUCGAGCAUCGUCUUCAUGAAGCCGAAUCGCUUCUUCUUGCCCUUCUGCCCAUCAUCUCAACUGAACAACUAAAAUGUGCCACCGAUUCUCUCAGUUCAAGUCCCUCAACAACUAACCUCAACAUCCUGGGCCUGAAAACCCGUGAUUCACCGUCUCCUGGGCCCCACCCUUUGAGGAGUAGUCCCCCUGUCUUAAACAAGAAGACAGGGAUUGAAUACUGGGAAUCGUUCCCUCUUGAUACCGUCGAAAACAUCCGCAAAUGGCAGGAAGACUGCGCGUUACAUUCCGGCACCAAUGGACAAAACCAGCCCUCUUUCCGAAAUUCCAUGGACGAAAGUCACUCGCAUACCCCCCUCCACGCUUUGAAUGCGGCGAGCCACUCACGUCCUGGGUCGGUUGAUCUCUCUCGCCAUGGCCACGGCCAUUCUCAGUCCGGUCCUUUCCGUUCUAUGAGCCACGACACAUACCGCAGUGGCGCGAGCACUCCGGUCAACGUACCUCAACAUUCUCUCUCGCAGCCAACCAUCCCCACAACCUCAAGCACCCAGCAACAACAAACAGGUCCCAGCCAAACAUCGACGCCCAAUUGGCAAUCACUGUCAUUUUUGUCCAACAACAGCUCGCCCAACAACCAUACCUCAAGUCCGAACGUCAAUGGCGUGGGUGUUGGUGCGGAAGCCCUACUGCUGCAGAGUUUCGCCGAUUCAAGCUGGGCGCAGGCGCAGACCUUGAAUAAUGGCCUGGGCAUGACCGGUAUGGGCACUGCGAUGGGCGUGGAGAGUGGACCGAUGGAGGUCGAUACAGGCUUUUUCACGAAUGAUAUGCAGAGGCGGUUGUUCUGGUAA